AUGUCCUUACAACUUCCAGAACCUGCAACCGGCCAUAAUGCACCAUACGAUUUGGCUCCCGGUCUUCCAUUUGAGUAUGCAUUGGCCGAUGGAGUAGUAGGCUCAGCACUUGAAGUCACAGAGAAAACACCCAAGCUAUUCCAUCCAUUGAAAAUCAAAAGCAUGGUUCUUCCAAACAGAGUGGGUGUUUCGCCCAUGUGCCAAUGCUGUGCAGACAACAACGAGGUUACUGACUACCAUCGGAUCCACUAUGGAGGCUUUUCUGCUCGUGGGCCAGGCUUAAUUAUGAUUGAGGCUACUGCUGUAGCUUCUAGUGCCGGAACGUCUGUGGUGGACUUGGGAAUUUGGAAAGACUCCCAGGCUGAAAAAUUCAGACCAAUUAUCCAGUACGCUCAUGCAAACACCGCAAAAAUCGGCAUCCAAUUGGCCCACGCUGGGCGCAAGUCAAUGCAGUCAGCUAUGUUUGAGUAUUUAGAAAACUGGGACCCCAGAGGUAAGAAAGAGGAGCUUGUGGCUCCCUCCGCCAUCACUUUUAGGCCAGGAGGUAGACUUCCUACACCAAGGGAGUUAAAAAUUGACGAAAUCCAUGCAUUGAUAGAGAAAUUUGGAGCUGCUGCAAAGAGAGCGGUUGCUGUUGGUUUUGACUUCGUGGAGAUCCAUGCGGCCCACGGCUACUUAAUCAAUGAAUUCAUGUCUUCGCACUCGAAUAAGAGAACUGACGAGUACGGUGGAUCUUUUGAAAAUAGAAUUCGUUUCUUGUUAGAAGUCAUUGAAUCCGUGAAAGCCAACAUUCCUAAAGAUUAUCCCCUUUUUUUGAGAUGGAGCGGAAGCGAAUUACAUGAUUCCAAUCCCGAAGCAUGGACCGUGGAAGAUUCGGUCAAAUUGGCUCCAAUCGUGGUGGCAAAAGGCGUCGACUUCAUCGAUGUUUCUGCUGGAGGAAAUGAUUCGGGUGCUGAUAGACCUAAGAAGGGAUUCGGAAUGUUUGUAGACUUUGCUAGAAGAGUCAAGGAGGCCGUAGGUGAUACGGCUGUCGUUUCUGCGGUGGGAAGGAUGCACGACCCAGUGAAAAUUAACGAGUUGCUCGAACAGGGUGUUAUUGACUUUGCUUUAGUCGGCUCUCCGUUUUUGGUGAACCAGGGAUUAGUGAUUGACUGGGCAAAGGCCAUGGGUGUGGAAAUUCAUAAUGCUGCUCCCUUUUGGCCAUUGAGGGCCAAGGGUUCCUUACGAGUAUCCAUUGGCAAAUGGAGUCAUUGGCACUGCCGUUGA